AUGAUGGCCAGCCCCGUCCUCACAUUCCUGUCUCCAGGGAACCCGUGGGUGUCGGGCCUGGAGUGCCGCGAGUCUGGCUCGACCAACAGCUCGUCGGCGAGCAGCCGGCGCGGCGGCGGCGGCGGCGGCGGUCCUUGGCUGCACCCGCUGGACCUCAACCACCAGCCGGCGCCGGCCAGGCACCACCACCUCUACGAGCAGCCGCUAGACGUGCUGGGCCCGAGCAGCGCGCUGCUGGCGCCGGGCGCGCACGGCCUCGGCCACGUUGGCGUGUCGUCCGCGCCGCCCCCGCAGCAGGCGCACGCCUCGGCCGCCGCCGGCGCCCCCGGGUCGUCGCGCGCCGCCUCCGACCGCGACCGCCCCACAACGCCCGCCAGCUCGCCGGGCAGCGCCGGCCUCCACGGCGGCUCCGCGGCACUCGACGGCUGCGGCGGCCACUGCGUCGCCUUCGAGAACUUCUGCUACUACUGCCUGCAGGUGGUGUUCGUGCUGGGUGUGCUGUGCGGCGUGUCGCUGACGAUCGCGGGCAGCGUGCUGCGGCAGGGCCCGGGCCAGGGCGGGGUGUCGCACCGCGGCCGCGACCUGGUCGUGCUCGUCUACAUCGGCUGCCUGCUGGCGCUCGUCUGCGCGGUGCUGCUCGCCGUGCAGUGCUGCGUGCGCCGCAACGUCAAGCGCCGCAAGCGGGCUCUCCGCGAGCGCCGAGCCCGCAACCAGCCGCACGCCGCAGUCGCCGCCGCCAGCGCCGCCCCGCCGCCUUUCACCGACCUAAGUGGAGAUGCAGUGCCCCUCCAGGAGCUGCCACCAGCCCCUGCUCCUGCCCCAGCUGCCAUUUCCCAGUACCAGCCUCUUCUGGUGCGACUGGUGCAGCAACAGCAGCAGCAACAGCAGCAGCAACAUCAUCAUAUGCAGACACUGCUGCCCGAGAGGCACCACCAGUAUCGAUACAGGCAUAGCAACAUGACUGCUGAUCCACCUCUUGAUACGUCACGUAGUGGAACCCCCUGGUGGCGCAGACGAUCUGACUUCAAACAGACAGUAAUUGAAUCAAGGCAUUGAUGUAUCAUCAAGAUUGCUCCAGUUUGUGUUCCCAAAGUCAGAAAUAAUAACAAUUAUUGCUAUUAUUAUGUUCUUUUUUUUACAUUUUGUCUGUCAUAUGAUCUUUUAUGUUAAAACAGUGAUGAAUUUUUGCAAAGCCACACAAAUGUUUGCCAGUUUAGCCAGCUGCAGGCAUGAAAUGUGCUUGUGAAACAGUUCAUUCUGUGCUUGUUAGAAAGUGGUAUUAGAAAGGAAAACUGUUCCCAUUAAUUUUUUGUUAAAAAGAGACUGUCUGAAAUUGUCCAGCUAUUUGGGAGUAGUCUGUAUGUUUGAGAGUGUUACAGUUGUUUGUGAGUGGCCCAGUUGUUUGCAGUAUGAAUGUUGUCUUUUCCCUUAUGUUACGUAACAAAUAAUUCUUGAGUCUGCUGUCAAAGUAAUUUUUCUAAGAUUUUAGGGCCUUAUGUGGACAGAACACCAACAGUCAAAAUUACUUCAUAGUCACCAAAUUAUAGUUUCAUUUGGCAAAAUGUGUAGUAGUUCAUAUAGUAGUGACUUAUUUAAGCUGUGAUAGGAAGCUUAUAACUGUAAUAACUGUAAGAUCACAUAACACAAAGAUGCACAAACCCUCAUCAGAUUUUUAAAAUUUUGUGCCAUCUGAAUGUGUUGCGGUUUAUUAAUUUCCCCUUUCUAAGAAUAUAAAUACUGAGAAAGGGUAUUCCAUUCAUCCUUCAAGAAUUUUAUGGAAUUAUUUCAGGACUUCAUUGCACAUCAAAAAAUGGAAAACAUUAUUCCAUUUUAAAGACCUGGACUCAAAUUUUUCCAUAGAGGGACAAGAAAAUAAUUUGCCUUGGUUAAGGAUUGGAACUGUUCAGAUAAUUGCUAAGAACUGUUGUUUCCUGUAUCAGUUUUAAAUAAUUUGCAGCAAAAUGUGCUGUUAAUUAUUAAUCAUUGUGACAGAUUUUGGUAUCACUGAUUUUUAACUUACAUACCACAAAUUUGUUAUCAUAUUUAUGUAUAUGUUAUUAUAGUUAAAUAUUUGUCACAUGCUGAAUAUUACUGUUCAUUUAGAGAUAUUUAAUGCAUUCCCUGCCAUGUGUACUCUCCAAAUUCAAUUAAUUUCUGUACUGUGAUAUAUUCAGCAUAAUUUCAUAGUUAAUGUAAUGUAAUAAAAUGUAAAUAUAACUGCAUUGUGACUUCUCAGAAUGAGGGACGCUCAGCUUUUAUGGGACUACAUUAUUUGUUAUGAAAUGAUCUGCAAAGUAUUUAUAUGUAAAAUAAAUAUAUAAAAUGAGUUGAAAUGUUCCCUAAAGCCGAAGUCCCUUGAGUGAAUAUUUAUACUUUAUUUUUUUCUUAUCCAUAGUCCUAAAAUGAGAAUGUUCUGUGCUAAUCUGUACUUGCUAUGAUGGUGACCUGAGUGAUAAUUCAUUCUAAUAGACAUUUAGCAGUAAGACAGAACUUACUACCAUCCAUCAUCAGGCAUAAUGGAGAACAGUUUUUACCUACAAGUGUGAAGUGAAUUUCUGGUGUUAGUGAAGGUGCAUUGUAGCAGAAUUAAAGGAUAAUACAAAUUUAUGAGACAAAGAAAAUACCAAGAAAUGGAUCUAAGCAAUAGUUCCAAAAGUAAUGAACCAAUUGUACUUCUAAUUUGAGGUCUUUGUUAAUUUGAAUGUUCUGACAGAAAAGAAUUGCAUGGCUCUGCAUGUUUAGGAACCUCACUUAUUUAGGCAAGAAGGUCACUGCUAUAGUAUAAUCACCAUUAAACAGCAUUUGAAUGUCCAAUUACUGUUGUUGAGGUUAUUGACAUUAUUCAAACUUUUUCUUGUACUGGAAAGCCUACAUUUUGAUACAAUUACUAUGUUAAUGCAAUGAAAAAUAAUGACACUAAAACUACUAGAUGUGUGACAAUAAUGCUGUCCUUAGAGUUAGGAGGUAAUGAUUUCUGUUACAACCAGACAAGAAUCAGUGUGUUUUAAUUUGUGAGAAGGCUUGCAGUGUGGUAUAAGGAUGUAUUAGUCAAACCAGUUGUACUGAUCAUGAAGACAGUUUUCACCAAACAUAUGACAAAACAAAGUCAGUAAACAUUUGUAUACAUAUUUAUACUGAAGGUUUACCUCAAGCCUUCACAAAUGUAUUUAUAAAAUUUGUGUUAUGCUUGAAGACAAUACAGAUGAUAUGAUUUAUUAAAAGAGUAAAUUACAAACUGUAGAUAACAAAUAAACCAAAAAAAGAUUGCCUUGUUCCUGUUAUAUCUUUGUAUUUAUGUGUAAAUGUCAGCCUGAUAUUGAUACAAAUGUUUGUUAUACCCAGAGAGUGAUGACAAUCUUUUUUAAAUAAAUUUGCUUAUUAACCACUUUA